AUGCAAUCACGCCUGCGCUAUGACGAUGUCGCCUGGGAGAAAAGCGAAGCCGUCGCCGAUGGGUGGGUUUGCCAGGUUUUUGAACCCGAGGUCCUAGAACUGGUUGGCAGAUUCCUGGUCAGACACCAUCGCCCUGGCGAUGCUGUCGAAUUCAGUUUUCUCGAGAAAGGAGCAUACAACAUCUCUUUCCAGAUGAAGUACAAGAAAGCAAACACCGCCAUAAUACGUUUCCCCCAGCCAGGUGCCACCAUGUUUCCUGAAGAGAAGUCCCGUAAUGAAGUCGCUACCAUGCGAUACAUUUGCGAUCAGACUUCAAUCCCCGUUCCUUUUGUCCACCACUGGGGGACAAAGAAGGAAAGUACUCUGGAAUUAAGUCCUUUUAUUAUUAUGGACUAUAUUGACCAUGAUACAAACAUGUAUGAUGCUCUUAACACGCCUGGGUGCCCAAAGGAAGAUCGUGGUACUCUUGACCCGGAUAUCAGUGAGGCAAAAUUAGAGGCUCUUUACAGAGGGGUCGCAAGUAUUUUGCUUGAGCUUUCUCGACCACAUCUACCCCAGAUAGGGUCACUAGACCAGGUUGACGAUUUCACCUGGAAAGUGACACAUAGACAUGACAAGCAUCUGGAAGCUCUGGAGUCGGACCGAGCUCGUGGCAACCCCCCAGUCCGCCGUGGUCGGAGGUUGCGCCGCAGCUCCCGGGGCGUGCGUCGUGUAGGUGGCCAGAGUACCGAACAACUCUCCCAACGCCGUAUUAUCGUGAGCACUGUCGGCGGAUCCGCUGAUGCUCAAGAGUCAACUGCCAACCUAAGCCAUCGGCCUAAUAUUUUGACGCCCCCCCGUCACCGUGUGCCGCAUAAUGAAACCAGUCUCCCUCAAACUCAGUACCAAGCGCGCGAAGAAACUGCUACGUCGUCGAGAGGUAUCCCAUGCUCUGGAGGCCGAGCCAGCUAUCUUGCAAAUGGUGUUGGUGUUGAAUCAAUCAAUGUUUCUUCUGAAUCAUACCCAACUCACCUGCGAAACACGGAUUUGAUCAGAGAAGGCUUAACUGCUGAUGUAGCUUGGCCACCUUUACCACCACGAGCCCUUGGAUUGUCCUUACUGGACAUAUAUUGUACGCGAAUCUACAAUGCAUCUGUACUGUUCUGUAAACCUAUUCUUUUCCAGGAGUAUCUUGAUGGAAAGAUUCCUGAGGUCCUGCUCAAGGCUCUUUUUGCGUUAGCUACGGUAUUUCUUACUCGAGUAAAUGAAGACAACAAUGAGGAACAAUCUGAGUGGUCGGAGUUAAAACUUUUAAGCGCAUAUUCAUCGUGUGGCCUUUCAUGGGCAAAGUCAGCUCUAAGGGAAGCUAUGUCAUCCAUCUGCACAGAACCAUCUCUGGCUGUUUUGCAGGCGCUUCAUUGUUUACAACUGUAUUGGUUUGGAAUUGCUCUGGCCUACCGUUCGUGUGAUCUCCUUGGAUACAACAAAAAGGUUGUUGACGGAGUUGAAAACCCCGAUUUCUUGCUCGAAUCAGAGUCAAGACGUCGAUGCUUCUGGGCCUGCUGGAUAUCCACAUGCAUGGUCAUGGAACCAGAACCGGCUAAAGUUCAGCUUUUGGUCCGCGAUUGGACAUCCUCUAGCAUUAGUCGGAAUCUUGAUUCGCUGCAAAGACUCUCGCACUUGGCAAGGUCGAUAUUUCAGGACGGAAUGUCAAACAGGGAUCUAGCAACCUCUCGAAGCGACCAGGGCACGGAGAAUACCCCCCUGGUGCUCUUUAUCAGUGCCCUUUACCACCAGUGCCAGAUCACUUUGCAUUCAAUGAUUGUUCCUUUGUUUUCUGGUACACACCGUGGACCAAGAAUAGACCCGGAAGUUGUGAAGCAAAGUGCCGAGACAGUCACACAACAUGCAGAGUUAUUCGAAGCUCUACUAGCUCCUUACAUGUACGGGCAAGGUGAUAUUACACUUCUACCGCCUUUCGUAGGAUAUGGUGCUUUCAUCACAGGUGUUGUUUUCUUGGCUACUGAGGUCUCUUUUCAAGACAAAACACCACGAAGACCUGUCUCCGGAGCACAUUCCGAGAGUCGUAGAUUGUCGACUGUGAAGGGCACCCUUCACUUACUCAACAAACUUCGAUUGUAUUGGAGGGCUCUACAGGUUUCUUGGGAAAAGCUCGACGCUGCAUUUCAGCUACAUAUAUCUUGCCACAGCGCACAUGAAUCAGCCAGCCCACAUGCUAUCAAAGCUCCCGAACUUAACCCUUCAGAACCUAAAUCACAACUCUCCGACCAUGUACCAGAAGGCUCUGUGCACAACGAGCAGUCAAGCACUCGCGAAGCAUCAGUACCAUCGAUAGGCCCCUCGGGCGAACAUCUGCAUCCGUGGGUGAGUGACCAGAGAACUCUGGAAGUCGAUCCAAUGCAGCAAAAUCCACAGGCAACCAUGUCCGAUAAUUGUAUCUUUGAACAAUCGGAUAUGGAGACCGCUGAUAUGUCUUUCACAACACCAUCUGGUGUAGCCCAGGACGACCCCUGGUAUAAUCUGUCUUUCGCGGAGGCUGGAAUUGAACAAUUCCUGAGCGACGAUCCACUCAUCUGUAUGUAUAACGUGCACAUAACCGAGGAGGCGGGGCAGUCGGGCUCGGAGGAAUCGGACUCGGACUCGGACUCGGAGCGUUGGACGUUACUAUCCGAUCUGCUACUUCUAACUACUUCGCAUUGGACAACAAUCAAAAUGCUCAACCAUUACCGCGAUAUUGAAACGGUCGACUCAACAAACCAUUCAUAUAUCUUUGUGCAAAAUGCGUCAAUCCCUUUGAGAACUGGGGGAGUGCUUCGCUGUAACGUCUAUAAGCCGCGGGGGACAUCUGAAGGAAUCAAAUAUCCCGUUCUUGUCACGUACGGACCGUAUGGAAAGGAUGUCCCUUAUGAACAGUUCAACCCCAAGAGCUUUGCAGAAGUGGAUCCAGCUCACCAGACAGAACAUUCUGCAUGGGAGACGCCUACACCCCAAUACUGGACCGACCACGGCUACAUCGUCGUGCGAGUGGAUGAGUUCGGAAUUGGACAGUCUCCAGGGCAGCUACACGUCAAAUCCGCAGCUUCCAUUGAUGGAUUCUGCGAGGCUAUCGAAUGGGCUGCUAGUCAGCCUUGGUCCUCUGGGAAGGUCGGCCUCCUCGGAGUCAGCUACUAUGCUGCCACACAGUGGCAGGUUGCGGCUCGACAGCCUAAAGGCUUAGCGGCAAUAGUGCCAUGGGAAGGAUUUUCUGACGCCUACAGUGAGUCAUUGCGACAUGGCGGCAUCCUCUCGAAUAAGUUCUUUUCCAUGUGGUACGAUCGUCAGGUCGCGCCGAAUCAGUAUGGGCUUCCGGGGCGAGCGGCGCGCAACUGGGGUCCUGAUACUGUCGAAGGUGACCUCAGCGCUGAGGAAUUAGACGCAAACCGUCAUAAGGCCGCAAUGCAUGAGCAGCGGUACCGCGAUGACAAAGAGAUCUCGCCGCUGAACUUCAAUCUUGAAGACGUCACAGUUCCCCUUCUCAGCGUUGCUAAUUUCGGUGGACUUCUGCUGCAUCUUCGAGGAAAUGUGAUGGGGUAUCUCUGGUCUGGAUCCGAAUUCAAAUAUCUCCGAUUUAUUGCUGGACGCCAUGAUCUGCCAUUCUACUACCCUGAAGAAGUAGAGAUACAAAGGAGCUUCCUCGAUGCUUGGCUCAAAGGGCAGGAUCGAGAGGGCUGGACGAAAAAUGGGGUUCUUCCUCCAGUGGAUUUGAUUCUGCGAAAGGGAAAUGUGGGCUUCAAUAACCCAGCAGGGGAAAAGAAGUUUCUUCGCCGUACAGAGAAGGAAUGGCCAUUGGCUAGGACACAAUACACCCCGUUUUUCUUAACAGCAGAUAGUCAGCUACACCUCGAUCAGCCACACCUGACGGUCCCUAAUAAACUCUCCUACAGCGCCCUGGGCAAGGCAGAAGCCUCUGACAUGCUGACCUUCAAAUCGGCUCCUUUUGAGAAAGAAACAGAAAUCACUGGACACAUUGUGGCUCAUCUUAACGUAUCCGUCAACAGAGAUCAGUGGGGAAAUUCGCCCACAGAUCUCGACUUGUUUCUCAGUCUACGCCAUAUAUCACCAUCUGGCGAAGAGAUAUCCUACACAGGCUCCGUCGGAGACCCUGUCCCAGUGACCAAGGGUUGGCUCCGCGUUUCUCUCCGCAAGACUGACCCUCAGCACCCUCGCCACCGGCCUUGGUUGCCGCAUCGCAACUACUACUCCACGGAUGUACUACCUGUAAUUCCUGGCGAGGUGUAUCCUGUCGAUGUGGAGCUCUGGCCAACUAAUGUAGUCGUGGAAGCGGGAGGCCGGCUUGUGUUGGAAGUGAGUUCCGGAGACACCGCAGGGACUGGGAUCUGGGGUCAUGACGAUCCUAUUGACAGGUCAGAGGCUAUCUUCAAAGGUCUAAACAACAUCCAUUUCGGGCCAGAUUAUGUGAACUAUAUCACACUCCCGAUUAUUCCCAACGAGGGAUCUUGA